CCUCUCUCCAACUAUCCAGCUAAGAGCGGCUUUCUGAAGCUAGCGGGCAAGAUGGCGACCAGCGUGGAUGCCAAACUGCUCAGGCAGACCAAGUUCCCUCCCGAAUUCAGCCGGAAGGUAGACAUGAACAAGGUCAAUAUCGAAGUGAUGAAGAAGUGGAUUGCUAGUAAAAUUUCCGAGAUUUUGGGCAAUGAAGACGAUGUGGUUAUUGAGCUCUGCUUCAACCUUCUCGAAGGGUCGCGCUAUCCGGAUAUUCGAUCCCUACAAAUUCAGCUCACCGGAUUCCUUGAUAGAGAUACACCUCGAUUCUGUAAAGAGCUCUGGUCCUUGUGCCUCAGCGCUCAAGAGAACCCCCAGGGCGUGCCCAAAGAACUCUUGGAGGCGAAGAAGCUCGAGCUGAUACAAGAAAAAGCCGCAGCCGAGAAAGCAGCGGAGGAAGCUCGACAGCGCAAGGAGCAAGAGCGGACGAGAGAACGAGAGAUCGAAGAUCUGCGGCAACGAGAAAGGGCCGAUAGAAAUAGAAGAGGAAGGGGGGGUCGAGGGGGUCGGGACUUCAACCGGAGACCUUCAAGAUCACCGCCUCGGCGAAACAGCCGCGAUCGGUUUCGUGAACCACCGCCUCGAAGACGCGAGUUAGACUCGUACGUUCCUACUGGGUCUCGUCGAACCCGUCGGUCCUCAAGAUCGCCAAGUGGUUCACCUUCCCGCGUUCUAUCUUCGUCACGUUCGCCGCCGCCGCGCCGGCCACGCCAGGAACCCCGCACCCGACCCAGAGACACUCGUCGCCGGUCCCCCAGCGGCUCUGUGUCUCCUGACAGACGGAAUCACGGGAAGCCAAGGAGACAAAGUCCUGAUUACGGUGAUCGCGCUCGAUCCAUUUCCCGCAGUGAUUCCUCGCGCUCACGUUCCCCCAGAAGAGACCGAAGGAGACGCAGAUCCGUUUCGUCCCGCAGUUCCUCGCGAUCGCCUGCCGUGAAGGAUCGCCGCAGAAAAAGGGAGGCCUCUGGGUCCAGAUCGGGGUCGAGAUCGAGAUCUCGCACCCCGGGUGAAAGAGGUGGCAGGCGAAGGAGAUCACCUCCACCUCGCGAUUCACGCGUUGAUAGAAAAGAACCCACCGCUGAUAUUGUCAAGGCCCGCCAUGACCGUGACGACCGCCGCUUGAGUCGCAGCCGAAACCGAACCGACGGCCGCAGCGGACGUCGGAGCCGCAGCAGGGGACGCACCCGCUCUCGCAGCGGGACCCCACGGCGUUCGGUUUCACGCUCUCCUUCUAAUUCUCGGUCCCGCAGCCGCAGCCACACGAGGGAUAGAAAAAGACGUCGUUCCAUCCCUAGAUAUGCUCCCUCCGCCCGAAGACGGCGUAACACCUCUUCCGUAUCUAUCCCCACUGAGAAACGCCAGAGAAUGACUGAUUCAGAACACACCGCUUCCAAAAAGACACCUCAGCAGCCAACCGAGAGCUCGGACAAAGAGAUGAAGGAGGCGGAUGAGGUGCGUGAAUGACCUCGAGGCUUUAAAUCAACUUCUCGUCUGCUCUAGAUCGACCAAAUAGUACCCUUUCAUGCAACUAAGACGAAGCCUCUGAAAUUCCCCUCCUUGGAACUGCGCGAAAGAUUACUGCGCGAAAAAUUGGUUGCAAUGCGCCGCACCUCAGGUGAAACCGGUAGGUGACAUAAACAUACAAAGCAUCUAGGAAAUUCAAC